GUGGCGCUUUAGGGGAAGUUGUUUCGCCGGGCCCUGGUCCUGAAGUCUUGGUCCGCGUGACGCGUGGCCCCUUUUUACCUACCCCUCCGCCCGCCUUUCACCUCCCACUUCUGGCAGGAUGAGGCGUGCAGGCCUGGGUGAAGGAGUACCUCCUGCCAACUAUGGGAACUAUGGCUAUGCUAAUAGCGGAUAUAGUGCCUGUGAAGAAGAAAACGACAGACUCACGGAAAGUCUGAGACACAAAGUAACUGCUAUAAAGUCUCUUUCCAUUGAAAUAGGCCAUGAAGUUAAAACUCAAAAUAAAUUAUUAGCUGAAAUGGAUUCACAAUUUGAUUCUACAACUGGGUUUCUAGGUAAAACUAUGGAAAAGCUGAAGAUUUUAUCCAGAGGGAGCCAAACAAAGCUAAUGUGCUAUAUGAUGCUGUUUUCAUUGUUUGUCUUUUUUGUCAUUUAUUGGAUUAUUAAACAGAGGUGAUGCAAGUAAAUGUGAGCUUGGAAUUUGUUCCAACUUAAGUGGCUUGGAGUGCUACUGUGGUAAAAAAAAAAAAAAUCAUCAAAACAUUCCUAAUUUUCAAAUACUAUGGCUUUUUCCAUUGCAGAUGACUGAAUUUUACUCAUUUUAUAAAUCAAUAAGAUGAUACAGUGCUCUCUGAAUACUGUUUGUUAAUGAGUCAUUUUUGCCCCAUUUUAAGGGGUAUUGAGAUGGCCGAAAGUCAGUCUGGCCCUAACGAUCGUUUUUCUAUUGUUUACUGUCAGAUUAAAUAGCAGUAUAAUAUUCUGUUGCUACCAUUCGUGCAGGUUUAUUUUUCAUGUAAAGAAACUUAGCGGGAGAGUAAUAAAAUGCCUGGAGAGCCUGAUGCCGAGCCCCUGAGGUGGUGAACGGAUUUGUGACGGAGCGAUAAACGUGUUUUCGUGAACUGACAUCAACCCUGAUGAUAUACUCCCCUUUCCUUUUUUAUUUGGUUAAAUUGUAAUUGGGUUUCUUUUUACCUACAAUUUUUUCUCAUAAUUUUUGAUGGUGUCACUCCUUCCCCUUUGGCCCAAGGACCUCAUUCUUUAAUAAAGCUUGUUAUUUUGGCAUAUUUCUAGUACGGUGCAAAACAAAUGUGUAAUGGUGUAAUUGUUAUUUUAUAUUAACUUUAUACAUACCGUUGACUUGGCUUAAAAGAGUUUUAUGAUUUUAGCUACUUAAGCCUUUUGAUAAUCAUUUGUGACAGAAUAAUGUGAAGCUAAAGUAAUUGCUAAGCUCUGAAUGGACAUAACAUGUUCAAGAAAAUGAAUUGCCUCUGCUUUAUUAUGUGCUUAAAAUAGAUAAUUGAAAGUACUCAGCAUUGAACUUGGGGUUAAGAAUAUUGUUGCUUUAAUCCAGUGUAUUUGUUCAUAGAAAGCAAGACAAAGAUGGAGUUCAGUAGAAAGCAAUAGUAAAAUGUUCUUAAAUACUCUGUAUUGCUACUAUUUUGGAAUUUACCCAUUUAUGA